CUGGGAUGGGAUGGAAGACGAGGUACAUGUGAAGAUUUCUUGGCAGUGUGGAGUGGAAACCAUUGAUCACCUUGCCCUCAUUUCUGCCCGUCUUGUGUUGGCAAGGGAGAGUGCCCAAAUGAGCAAGAUAUCGCAGCAGAACAGUGGUACUCCAGGAGUGAACGGAAUAAGUGUUAUUCAUACUCCGGCUCAUGCCAGCGGCUUACAGCAGGUUCCUCAGCUGGUGCCCGCUGGCCCUGGGGGAGGAGGCAAGGCUGUGCCUCCAAGCAAGCAAAGCAAAAAGAGUUCACCCAUGGAUCGAAACAGUGAUGAGUAUCGUCAACGCAGAGAGAGGAACAACAUGGCUGUGAAAAAGAGCCGGUUGAAAAGCAAGCAGAAAGCACAGGAUACUCUGCAGAGAGUGAAUCAGCUCAAAGAAGAGAAUGAACGAUUGGAAGCAAAAAUUAAAUUGCUGACUAAGGAAUUAAGUGUACUGAAAGAUUUGUUUCUUGAGCAUGCGCACAACCUUGCAGACAACGUGCAACCCAGUAGCACUGAAAAGACGACAAAUUCUGAUAGUGCUGGACAGUAGACCUCACCCUUUCCAGACUUCACAGCGUGUGGCUUGAAGGCUAAAGGUGUGACUUCUUACACCCUUUAUAUCAGUCAGUGGCUUAACAUUGUCUUGUUCCAUUAUUCACAGAUCCAUUGAAGGUUGUUUUCUAGGAUCAGCACUGAAGAGUUGAUUAGCUAAAAAUGUUAGCCAUGUAAUUUGAAUAUCUGGUUUUAAAUGAUAUGGAUUUUUGUGGGGUAGCCAUGUAAUUUGAAUAUCUGGUUUUAAAUGAUAUGGAUUUUUGUGGGGCUAAACAAAUUUUUAAGGUAUAUGGAAAAAAAAAGGAGAAGCCCUGGAUCUUGAUGUUCUUAAAUCCUGACUUCCUAAGAAAUGCUGCUUUUUUAGGUUGACAAAAGGAAUGGGGAACUGGUAGGUCCUGUAGGAGGUUCUUGGUUUUAAUAAUAUGGUUCAUUGGAUUAAGAAAAGUUGAAUGCUAUCUGUGUUAAUCUGUAAUUUUAUUCUAAAUUAUGUAUUAAAAAUCCUUAGGGAUAUAGAAAAUAAUCACUUUGUAAUUUGGAGUGAUUACAUGUAUAACAUAAACCUUGGUUUAACAUAAUUAGUACUGUUUUCCCCAGCAAGUGGAGGUUUUUGAAUAGUGAUGUCAAGUUAAGUAAAGAAACCCCAUUGCAUUUUAAAGGUAGUGUGCAGCCAAUUGGUUUAAAAAUAUAAUUAACAUUUAGGAAGCAAAUAGGUUUUUUAAAAAAUAAAAGUAAAGCAUAUUAGAAUAGUGCUGGAUACCUUUCUUUGUAUUGUUAGAUUGGCAUUUUUUUGUAUCUUUAAAAAAACCCCAACUCAAUAGUUUAGAGAAACUGUGUACCAAUUUUAGUUUCUGCAGAUGCUAGUAUUUUUUUAAAAAUACCAUUUUGACAGCCGAGUUAGUAAACAAAAUAUCUUAACAGUUUGAUCACAUAAGCUACUGAUUAGAUUUUGGAAUAUUAAUUCAGCAGGUAGUUUCUCCUUUGUUCAAAUAUCUUCAAUGGGGCCAUGAUUUUUAAAGGGAAACUUUCUUGUGAAGGAUCAUUUGGUGUUUGAUCUGAACUAUUAGAACAAUGCAUCAUCAACCCCAUGCCAUCUCUCAAAAUAAUAAUCUUAAGAAAACUUGAAAGUGUAAGGUUUAACCUUUAAUUUAUUUCACUUAAAUACAUCUUUUUAUAUUUUUGUGACAUUUCUUUUUCUAGUUAGUGGACUGUUCUCCCAGACUUUUUGUCCACUGCUUCUAUUUAGUUAUUUGUUUGCUUUAAUGUCUCAUAAAUUAUUUUAGAAAAAAAAUACUGCUAGAACUCAGGAUAUUGACAUGUUUUGUUGAGACUAAGAAAUGGCAGUCACUAAAGUUGGGAAUCUCUAGUCUGGUUUGUAUCAAUGUUCGUAGUUUUGAUUGUCCUUGUAGCACAUUUGUAGCUCAAAUUUGUUGGCUUUGUGAAGUUUUUUUUUUUUGGUUUGGUUUUUUUUUUUGUUUUUUUUUUGUUGCCUGGGUUGGUGACUAGAGACUGAGUCACAUCUGAUUAAAAAGUUUGUGUUUAACAAGUUCGUGUUCAUUUUUAGCUACAUUGCUGUUUCAUAUGAGGACCUGGGACAGUGUAACCAACAUAUAGCUCAAGUUGCACCCUUGGGUUGGUGAACAGUGCUGUCUGUGUUCUUCUCCUGGGCAGAAGACAUCUCAGUGCCCUGAAACUCAGCAAAGCCAUUCUUUUUAGGCUAUGAGUCUGCCAUGAGCCCCUUCUGCCAGUAACAGGAGCCCAAUGUUCCAUGAGAGCCACUGUCCCAGAAGGGUUAAGUCCCUAUAGAGCCAGGAGACAGGCUAGAGGUUUCUGUUAGGGUCCAACACCAGUUUACUUCAACUGGAGUAUCGAUCUACUAGUAAUAGAUGUUUUGAAUAACUAGAAGAUACCCGCAGAUCCUACUGAAUCUUUAAUAGCUGAUUGAUGUUAUAUAAUUAAUUGGAUCACUUGAAUCUUUAUUAUAUCAGGUUUUAGACAUUUAAAUCUUUUUUACUGAAAAAUCUUUCAGAAAUUGAUGUCUCCAUGGAGUUUAUAGGUGCCAGUUAUAUGAAUUGACCAAUCUUAGAAAAGAAGCUUUAGGGAAAUCAUCAGGAGUGUGUACUCAAUAUUUCAAACCAGUACAUAAAAUUGGAACUUUUGGAAAAAUGCAUUCAAGUUUUCUUGUUACCUAUGCAAAUCAAAACUUUAGCGUGAGCAGCCCUUUAUGCAUAGAAUAAAAAUGUUAACCAUCAUCUUGACUAUCUUACUAAAGUGGAAAUGAAGUUUUUAGUUUGAUAAAUGUAUUAGUAUAAAACAGAAAUCAAGUAUGGGGAAUAGGUAAGUUUAGAGCUUUGGGAAGUAUUCAAUGACUUUUGUAACUUCUGUUUUGUAGGUUACGUAUGAACCAUUAGGAUUUGAUCUGCCUUUGCAGGCAGGUCCAGUGGUUUAGGAAUUAGGCUUUAGUAUAUAAAUUUCUAGUUGGAUAUGAGUCUCCCGGGAUGGGUGCUUUCUGACUGGUCAUGGCUUCAGGUGGUGAGAUCCAGAGCAGCUCUUCCUGGUGUCUGGCCCCUUUCAGUUAUUGGGAUGCGCGUUCAGAUAUUUUGGACAUUCUUACUAAGAAGUAGUAAGAUUUUAAUAAAACACGACCAGAACAUGGUCACACGAUCAGUCACGAGUGUGAAAUUCUCAAAUUUACACAAAAGUGGUAUGUACAAUUUAAUAUUUGAUAAUAAAGGAAAUCGUCGUAGCUUUGAUGUUUCUUAAUCCCCAAUAGAGGGCUUGAAACUUCGUACCUGAACAAUCGACUUAGCACUCAGAGUGCUUUUUGAUGCCUUAGAAAUAAGAAAAAAAUUUUCGUUUGACAAAAGCUAGGAAGGAGAAAGUCCAUUCUACAGCUGUUAGACCUGCCUCUCAGGAAAAAAUACUUAACUUGUUCUUUUUGUCCCUGGCUUUCCUCAGUUUGUGAGAUUACUCUAUUUUUUUAAUAUAAUUUUAUUUCUUUCAAUGAAUUUGAAAUAAAAAAACUUUGGAAUAAUGA